AUGGCACGUGUUCAAGCGGAAAUAGAGGAAGUCCGUCCUUCUAACCUCCCUACCGAGACCACACCGCUGCUGAACGACUCAGACUCGGACUCGCACCCGACAUGUACAAGCGGCGACUUUUUCGCAAAACAGCAAGAUGAAGAGAGGACUAUCGUCAUCGAAGAACCGCCUCUUAGACGAUUGAUACUUAUCAUGGCCACUGCAUGGUUUGGCAUCUUUCUGGGAGCAUUAGAUUCGACAAUUAUUGCGACUCUCUCGGCUCCUAUUGCUAGCGAAUUCAACUCGCUAAGCCUGCUCUCGUGGCUAGCCACAGCUUACCUCAUCUCGAAUGCAGCCACCCAACCUAUCGCUGGUCGACUGACGGAUAUAUUCGGACGACGGCUUGGCCUUAUACUUAGUAACCUUUUGUUUGCUACAGGAAACUUGGUUUGUGGCCUGUCUACAAAUCAUUCUUCCAUGAUUAUCGGCCGUAUUAUUGCGGGAGUUGGUGGAGGUGGACUGAUUAGCAUUGCUACAUUCCUGACCUCCGAUCUCACACCACUGCGCAAGCGAGGUAUUAUGCAAGGCAUUGCAAACUUGUGGUAUGGCGCCGGUGCCAUGCUUGGAGCUGUCGUCGGCGGAUUAUUCCAAGACCGCACGGUUACCGGUUGGAGGCUCGCAUUCCUGAUACAAGUACCACCUUCAUUACUACUCAUCCCGAUUAUAGGGGUACUGGUCAAAGUACCGCCCAAGCAGUCCGACAAGUCAUACCUUGCACGAAUUGACUUCCUCGGCGCCUUCUUUACGUGUUCAUUCUUGAUACUGCUACUUCUCGGUCUAAACACGGGCGGUAACACGGUACCAUGGUUACAUCCUCUACCGCUUACCACUAUCCCCCUUUCAAUGCUUUGCUUUGCCGGCUUUAUCUGGUGGGAGGGGAAAGCGAAACAACCUAUUAUACCCGUGGCCCUUCUCCGGGAUCGCACAGUCCUCGCUGCUUGCAGCGCCAGUCUCUUCAUCUCCAUGCUUCUUAUGGCCACCACAUUCUACGUGCCCCUCUACCUUCAAGUACUCGGCGACUCUACCACAACCGCUGGCCUUAAGUUUCUGCCAUCGCCACUGGGUGGGUCGAUCAGUGCUCUUGGGACGGGAUACUUGAUGGCAUGGACCGGAAAAUACCGGCCCUUUGGAGUAUUGGGUGCCUUAGUCUUGAUUGUCGGUACUAUCCUAUUUACUUUCCAAGACGAGAACAGUCCGAAAUACAUGACCCCUCUCGCUUUGUUCUUUGUUGGUGGAGGUUUCAGCACUGUGCUGACCACGGCCACUGUUUCAUGCCUUGCUGCAGUCGAACACUCGCAGCAAGCACUUGUCACAUCAGCUAUCUUUUUGGCUAGGAGUGUAGGUGGUACGCUUGGUAUAACAAUGGCAUCUACAGCCUAUCAAAGCAAUCUGAAAGAGAUGCUAUGGGACAUUUUUGGAGACAGAUCGGGCGGACCUGAGGAGAUCCAACGUAUUCUAGGUGGGCUAGAAGAGCUAAAGCACCUCCCAGAAGGUUGGUGGCAUGGUGUUAUGGCAGCGUUUAUGGAAUCCUUCAGGAUUGUAUGGUUGAUGACGGUUUGCUGGGCUGCAAUGGCCCUUUUCAGCAUCUCAUUCGUCAAGCGACACACGCUGCACUCAACGAUGGAUAGGAAAUGA